CAUUUCUUGUCUUUUUCUUAGUAAGUGGGAUUGGUGUCAAAGAUGACAUUUGAAAGAAGACAAUUUGAAUAGGUCGGAAUCACGUUUAAGGCAUAGAGUUAACCAAAUAAUAGUUUCGAUUAUUUCUGAAAAAGUAACAACCAAAUUAGAAAGUGUCGAUGAAUCUACCCGAAGUCUUACUAGAAGUUUUAAAAUAAAACGGGGGGGAGAAGUCUUCAAGUAAAGUUGUUGGAAAUUUCAGAUGCCAACUUCAUAGAUGACUAAAUCAAAGGCAUAAACAUCAAAGUCUUGUUAAUUAUUUAUGAAGACUUUAUAAAGUCAGCAUUUCUGACCCUUUCUAUUCUAAGGAGACCAUUAAGAAGUCGUUGCUGCUCAUAGUGGUUUAUCUUGUGGAUAUUUGAUCAGUUGUUCUUCACAUUUCUUGUUAUCAUUCCUUCUUACUUUUCUUUAAUCUCGUUGUGAAACUCUUUGACAUGGAUUGUCUAGGCUCAGCCUUGGGUUCUUUCUUGGCAGAGGCAGGGCGUGGUAUAUGCAGAUCAACCUAUACUCGAGCCACUUAUACCAUCCGGUUCAAGUCGAACAUCAACGCUCUAAAGAAUGUGGUCAAUGGCCUUGUUGAAGUUCAGAACAAAGUGGAGAAAGACCUCAAAACGUUGGAAAUCAAAGGGAAGUCCUUGCAUGUGCAACUGAGGAGAUGGCUAAGAGAUGUGGAAGAGAUUGUCUCUGAGGCAAAUUCAAUUCAGGAAGGGCGUGUUUCAUGUGCUCUGUCCUUGAGAUGUAAGCGGGGUAAAAAACUUGUGGUAGUUCUUGAUAAAGUCAACAAGCUUCAGAAGCUAGGCGUAGAGCUUCUCGACAUAUUUUCUUUGGAAGGAAGAUCUGUACUAGUUGAGAGAAUCAUUGGACCCUCGAUCGCUGAUCAAACAGUAGCAUCAAAGAUGUUAGUCAAAGUUCGAAGCUGUUUGAUGAGGGAUGGAGUUCAAAAGAUCGGUAUUUGGGGUAUGGGUGGAGUUGGGAAAACAACACUUGUAAGGGAACUGAACAAUAAGCUGUGGAAAGAAGCUGAUACGCAGCCUUUUGGUAUGGUGAUAUGGGUUACAGUCUCCAAAGAGUUUGAAUUGGGAAGGGUACAGAAGCAAAUCGCUGAGAGAUUGGAUGUGGAAAUCAGAUUAGGCGAAAGCGAGGAAAGACUGGCUAGCCGGAUAUAUGGAAGGCUUGAGCAAGUAAGUAGCUUUCUUCUCAUUCUUGAUGAUGUCUGGAAACCCAUUGAUUUAGACCAGUUGGGGAUUCCUGAACACAAGUCUACAAAGAUUGUCUUGACUUCUAGAUUUCUAGAGGUGUGCCAGAGCAUCAAAACAGAUAUUGACUUCAGAGUGAAUUACUUAUGUGAAGAAGAAGCUUGGGAAUUGUUCUGUAAAAAUGCUGGAGAAGUAACUAGAUUAGAUCGUGUUAGACCCAUAGCAAAAAAUGUUUCUCGGGAGUGUGGUGGAUUGCCUUUGGCUAUCAUCACGGUUGGAAUAGCUAUGCGGGGGAAGAAGAAGGUGGAGCUGUGGAAACAUGCCCUUAAAGAACUCAAGAGUGCGGUGCCUUAUGUCAAGAGUAUUGAAGAAAAGAUCUACCAGCCUCUGAAGUUGAGCUACGACAGGCUCCAGCCAAAGAUGAAAUCUUGCUUCCUCUUCUGUGCCUUAUUUCCAGAGGAUUACUCAAUCGAAGUAUCUGAGCUUGUGAGGUACUGGAUUGCCGAAGGGUUCAUUGAUGAAACACAAAACUAUAGCUACUUAAUGAAUCAAGGAAUCACCUUGGUGGAGAAUCUGAAAGACUCUUGCUUACUUGAAGAGGGUGCUCAUGUUGACACAGUUAAGAUGCAUGAUGUGGUUCGCGAUUUUGCCAUAUGGGUCAUGUCUUCCUCGCAAGAUGAUAGUCACUCUCUUGUCAUGUCCGGUAUAGGUUUGUGCGAGUUUCCACAUGAGAAGUUCGUUCCUUCAAUCCGAAGAGUUUCUUUGAUGAACAAUAAGCUUAAAAGGCUCUCAAAUCAAGUGGUAAAGUGUGUUGAACUCUCAGCUUUGCUGCUACAAGGAAACUUUCACUUGAAGGAAUUGCCUGAGGGGUUCUUGAUAUCUUUUCCAGCACUUCGAAUUUUGAAUCUAAGUGGGACAUGCAUAAGGUCGUUGCCCAACUCCCUCAACAAGCUUCAUGAGCUAAGAUCUCUCAUCUUGAGAGACUGCUACUACCUUGAAGAAGUUCCUUCCCUUCUAGGGCUUGCAAAAAUUCAAAUUCUGGAUCUUUGUGCCACUCGAAUAAGGGAAACUCCAAGAGGGUUGGAAACUUUGAACAGCUUGAGACUACUUGACCUCUCCCGAACGCAUCACCUCGAAAGCAUUCCAGCAGGAAUCAUCCCACAGUUAUCGAAUUUAGAGGUUCUAGAUAUGACCCUUAGUCAUUUCCACUGGGGCGUCCAAGGACAAACUCAAGAGGGGCAAGCAACACUUGAAGAGAUUGCGCGCCUCCAACGUUUGUCGGUCCUCUCAAUCAGAGUCGUAUGUGUUCCACCUCUCUCCCCUGAUUACAAUUCCUGGAUAGAAAGGUUAAAGAAAUUCCAGUUGUUUAUCGGUCCAACAGCAAACUCUUUACCUUCUAGACAUGACAAGCGGAGAGUGACUAUUAGUAGUCUCAAUGUUUCAGAAGCAUUCAUUGGAUGGUUGCUAGAGAAUACAACUUCUCUAGUGAUGAACCAUUGCUGGGGUCUCAAUGAGAUGCUGGAGAACUUGGUAAUCGAUAGCACGAGUAGCUUCAACAUGUUAAGAUCUCUAACGGUAGAGGGUUUUGGUGGAAGUAUAAGACCCGCUGGUGGAUGUGUCGCACAGCUGGAUCUUCUACCUAACCUUGAAGAGCUUCAUCUGCGUCGUGUAAAUCUGGGAACCAUUAGAGAGCUCGUUGGUCACCUGGGGUUGAGAUUUGAGACACUGAAACAUCUAGAAAUCAGCAGAUGUAGCCAGCUCAAAUGCCUUCUUUCAUUUGGGAACUUCAUCUGUUUCCUGCCGAACCUACAAGAGAUACAUGUUAGUUUCUGUGAAAGGCUUCAGGAGCUGUUUGACUAUUUUCCAGGAGAAGUUCCAACCUCUGCUUCUGUGGUACCUGCUCUGCGUGUCAUAAAACUAAGGAAUCUUCCGCGGUUGAGGAGAUUAUGUAGCCAAGAAGAGUCAUGGGGAUGUCUGGAACAUGUGGAAGUGAUAAGUUGCAAUCUUCUGAGGAAUCUACCCAUAAGUGCAAAUGACGCUCAUGGAGUCAAAGAAGUAAGAGGAGAAACACACUGGUGGAACAACUUAACUUGGGAUGAUAACACUACAAGAGAAACUCUUCAGCCUCGUUUCAUAGCAGCUGGGAAUAUACCUACUGGCUCUCUUGGAAUGUCUUGCUAUCAGAGCUCCAACACAAUUGAAGAAGCUUCUCCAAUUUCUACUUUACAAGAAUCUCAGGCCGAAGAGCUUCCUGUAGCUACGAUGUAAUCAUGAACUUACAGAGGUGUGGAUAAUACUUGGCUCACUUGCAAUAUCUUGUCACCGGGGCUCCAGCUCAAUCUAAUAGAGAGAUAAGAGGUUUCUCCAGUUUAGAUAGAAGACCGAACGUCUGAGGAGCUUAUGAAGGGACACUGUAAUCCUCGAGUUGCAGAAAGUUUCAGGUUCAACAGGUGACCCUCACUUUGUCAAAAAGUUUUCAGGUUUGAGCAGUGAACCAUGUUAGCCACUCUAGUUUAACCUGCUCGCAUUUGCUAGGAGGCCUCAAAAGUGUCUGGUCUUCACAAAGGAGAAUAUUUAAGAUGUCCGUUUUCUUACACUUUCAUAAAUUUCCUUUGUCAAACGUGGGUUUGCUGCUCUGGUCGACAUACUUUGCAGAAAAUCAAGAGCCACGAGAAGUCUCAAAAGGCUUGAGUCAAGAGCUUUCUUGUGCCAGGGACAGGGACAGGUCAGUAUUAAGUCUUACGGUCCAGUUGGUGGACUUAAAAAUAUGUGUUUCAUAAUCAGUGAUCGUUACACUAAACAGUAACAGGUUUGAAGUUGUUAUACCUCAGGAAUUCUCGGAUAAUUUUAUUCUCCUUUUGUGUAUUUGGUUUCUUGAUUUAUUCAGUUCCGUGCAAUGAAAGUAAACAUGAAAUUUCGUUUUCUAUACAUGAAAGUAUGUUUGUUACUGGAAACGUUAAAAGAAUGUUCAAAUUUUGCAAAUAAA